GUCCGCAAGGCGGCCACCGUGGCUUUCUGCGCGCUGCCCUCCCGGGAUGCCUUCCUGGAGAUCAUGAACGUGGGCUCGCAAGAGGAGGCCGUGGCCAUGCUGGGAGAGGCCAUCCCCUACAUCGGAGAUGUCUACAGCAUCACCCAGGAGCUCUUCACUCAGCACAAGCUGCUCGACUUGCCUUGAUGGCUGAAAAUGACAUUUUUGCACAAGCAACACACUGUCCGUGGUUAUUUCCACUUUUUCUUUCCGGCCCGGAGGUGGAAAGUUGGCCAAACUAUCCCACGGUAUAAACGUGGACGAUUAAUUUUUUCACGUUUCUCACUUCUUACCUUACAUCUCUAAAGUUAGGAAAAAAUUCCACAUUAGGUUGAGCUGCUAGGGGAUUGAUUCUUUUCUAUUCCUAGCAUACAGCAUCACCCAGGAACUAUUUGUGUACCUACCCUGAUGGUGGUGCUGGGGUGAAAAUGACAUUUUUGCACAAGCAAGACAUUUUGUCCGUGGUUAUUUCCACUUUUUCUUUCCAGCCUGGAGCUGAGGAGUUGGCAAAAUGAUUCCGUAUUAUAAACGUGGACCGGUUAUUUUUUACAUCUGUCAGUUCUAUUCUUACAUCUCUAAAGUUAGAAAAAAAUUCCACAUUAGGUUGAGCUGCUAAGGGAUUGAUUUUUUUAUUUUCCUGCCUUACAGCAUCACCCAGGAGCUCUUUGCUCAGCACAAGCUGCUCAAUCUGUCCUGAUGGCUGAGAAUGACAUUUAUGCACAAACAACACACUGUCUGUGGUUAUUUCCACUUUUCUUUCCAGCCUAGAGCUGAGGGAUUGGCAAAACAAGUCCAUAUUAUAAAUGUGGACCAGUCCUUUUCUUACAUCUGUAUGGUUAGAAAAAAAUUCCAUAUUAGGUUGAGCUGCUAAGGGAUUUUUUUUUUAUUCCCACACCUUACAGCAUGAGCCAGGAGCUCUUUCUGCAGCACAAGCUGCUCGACCCAUCCUGCCAGGAUGAGCCCAGAGUGAAAAUAACAUUUUUGCACAUUUAUUAUUUGGUUAUUUCCACGUUUUCUUUCCAGCCUGGAGCUGAGGAGUUGGCCAAGUUAUUCCUCUUCAUAAACAUGGAAUAGGUUUUUUUUACACUUUUUUUUACAUCUCUACAACUAGAAAAAAAAUCCACAUUAGGAGAAGCUGUGCAGAGUUAGAAAAAUAAUUCCACAUUAGGAUGAGCUGCUAAGGGAUUGAAGUUUUGAAUUUUUUUAUUCCUGGCAAAGCUGGAAACGGUUUUUCUUUUCAAGCCCAAGCGCAGCGGCUUGUGUGCAUUUACAGCAAUAUUUGUGGCCUUGUGUGGCAGCACAAAUUGGAGCUGUGGUGUCUGAGCUCAUUCCCACACUUUGGUUUGUACAAAAAUCCCACCUGGAGGAUUUCAUGCUGAGCAAUGCCCUGGGGAAAUGCCCUUUCCCUGCCACUGUGGGAGCUGAAGGAAAUGGGGGUGGAAGGAGGAGAAAAUUGUUCCACCCAGCAGCACCUUCCCCUGUGCCCCUUCCCUGUUCAAUCCAUGAUUUUGCACUUGGGAUGUGCAGCAAAUUGUAAUUUCUGCUGCACAAUCCCCUCUGUCCAGCCCAGAGCUGGAGCUGUUUGCUUCUGAGUUGUGUUCUUGUGUGUUUAUUUUUAAUUUUUAUCAAUGUGUUCAAUGCCUACAAAAAGUAUUUUUCUGCCUCUCUGGGGCGGAAAAUCCACACUUGUACUGUAAAUCACUGCUUUGGGAGCCUCUGCCAAACCCCUGGAGGAGCCAGAGGGUCUCAGGUGGGACUUUCUGAGCGUUGGGAGCUGGAGAAGCCCUGCAGGGUUGUUGCAGGGAUCAAUCCUCCAGCUGAUUGCCUCUUUCUGCCCUAAUGUACCACUGAAAAAUUCAGGAAAUCACAAUUACCUCAUGGAGACUGGACUCACUGCACAUUAAAUGAUGUGAAUAAUA